AUGGUCUUCUCCAAGGCUUUCGCUCUUGCUGCGAUCUUCGCUACCUUGACUGCCGCUGCCCCUGUCAACCAGAGGCGCGCUGUCGUCUACGAGACCGUGACCGAGGUUGACGUUACCACCAUCGACACGACCAUCACCGUCUUCCCCGGCGAGCCUACUCCUGCUGUUGCCGCCGCUGUCUACACCACUGAGGCAGUCGUCACUUCGACUACUCCUGCUGCCGUUCCUACCAGCACUGUUGCUCCUUCUCCCGCUCCCGUUGCCGAGACCACCACUACUCCCACUCAGGCUCCUCCUGCUCCUCCUACCACCACUACCUCUACUACUCCCACCCAGUCGCCAUCCCCUCCUCCUGUUCAGGAAGCAGCAGCUCCUCCAACCACCACCACUGCAGCUCCAGUUCCUACUACCACUGUCGCUCCUCCAGCUCCUACUACCACUUCCACUCCUCCAGCUCCCACCACCACUUCCACUCCUCCCGCCCCUGCUUCAACCGCCCCUGCUGGUAGCUCUAGCGGCUCCGGUCUUUCUGGCACUGGUGACGGCACCUACUACGACACUGCUACCUCCUUGGCUGCUCCCAGCUACUGUGGCACUGCUAACGACGGUUCCACCGAGAACGUCGUCGCCCUCUCUCAUGCAAUCAUGGACCAGUCUCUCUGCGGCGCUAAGAUCACUGUUUCCUACAAGGGCAAUACUGCCACCGGUAUUGUCGUCGACAAGUGCGCGGGAUGUGACGCCAAGUCCAUCGAUAUGUCGCGCGCUAUGUUUGGCGAUCUCGCCAGCUUUGAUGCCGGACGUAUCACCGUGUCGUGGUCCAUCUAAGUAAGCGCUGUUCUAGCGCUUGCUCUAACCUCGGUCGUUUUACUUCUUCGGAGAUCCUACUUGGAGUCCACGGGCUUCCGGCUGGUCUUACCUUCAAUUUGUUUUUUCUCGAUAUAUGUAUAGACUAUUGAUUUGGUGUCUUCAUGUACAAUCAUUCUCAUUAACGGAUAUCAUGCUAUCUUACGCACAUAUCCCUUAUCGUUCUCUGUGAUUUGAUUCAUCCUAUGUUUGUUAACCCCGGUCAACAAAAGAACAAUUCAUGUGGAUCAUGGAACAGUCAAUUUCUGCUCAUGCUGCGAGUCAGCUGAGUUGCAUUCUUCGGGUUCAGUUUUUUUUAAAAGUCACGAACGUACGCACUCCUGGAGAGUAUGAAUUGGCGCAGGAACGAAACAAAAGGAGUUUUAGAGAAUGGGUGUCUUUGCAAUACGAAUACUGAUUUACUGUCUGUUCAGCUGUC